AUGCGCAGCACUGCAGCCUCAGUUACUCUCAACUCUGCAACAGAGAUUCCACUCUUGGGUCUGGAGUACAAGCUGCAGGGCCAUGAACAGUUGUACCAGUCCCUUAGCACUGCCGCAGUGUAUGAAAAUGAAAGUCACCUAUGGCAGGUCAUCUGGGACCUGCUGCCCCAGCGUGGCCUCUCGUGUGUGGAUGUGUUCCUCAUCAGCAAGCUUGGACCAGAAGACUAGGGUCCUGGGGCCAGAGAGGGCUGUUUGAGGAGCCUGGAACAGUUGGCUUGUGAAUACAUAAACCUUUAUCUGGUGCACUGGUCUUGGACUGCGGGCUUAGGGCCAAGGGAUACACUUUACUCGCAGCAUCAAGCACAGAGCUGGACUGUCUUGGAGGAGUUUUUUGCUAAUGGACAGUUUAAGGCCAGAGGAAUCUCCAACUAUACUGCAAGGCACCUCUGGGAGCUGCUUAGGAGUUGCUGUGUUCCUCCAGCAGUCCUGCAGAUGGAGUGUCAUCCUAAACUUGUUCAAAGGGAACUGAAAAAUAUAUGCAAAGAGAACGGCACAGUCCUGCAGGAGCCGGGGAUGACAGAUGUGGCUGCAGGCUGUGGCCGCAGCCCAGCCCAGGUGCUUCUGAGGUGGGUGGUUCAGCAAGGCAUCUCUGUUCUGCCCCGUUCCUCACAGCUACCAAGGGCACAGGAGAAUGCCAGUGUCUCUGACUUUGAGCUUAGUGAACAAGAAACGAAGAAACUAGGGACCCUGAACAGUAAAUCAAGGUGUUGUGGGAGAGAUUCGACCAGUAUUGCUUAG